AACAGUCCCAAGUCAAGCAAAAGACAUUACCAAAACCAUGCAGAUUCAAACCUGCCACUCCUUCACCACCAGAACUCUUCCACUUGCCAGCCACCGAAAGCACCGCCACCUCAUGCGGCCACUGAAAUCUGCCAUGGCCAGUGCCACACCACCGGUGCUGAAGGCACGGAGGACUCACUCUAUGCCGCCGGAAAAGCUAGAGGUUUUCAAGUCAAUGGAGGGCUGGGCCUCACAGUGGGUGCUACCACUACUGAAGCCCGUGGAGCAAUGCUGGCAGCCACAAAGCUUAGUCCCUGACUCCUCGUUGCCGUUUGAAGAAUUCACCGAUCAGGUGAAGGCUCUUCGAGACCGCACCAAGGAGCUACCCGACGAGUACUUCGUAGUUCUUGUGGGUGAUAUGGUCACGGAAGACGCGCUUCCCACUUACCAGACCAUGAUCAACAACCUGGAUGGGGUGAGAGAUGACUAUGGAACAAGCCCAAGCCCGUGGGCUGUGUGGACCCGGGCCUGGACCGCUGAAGAAAAUAGACACGGGGAUUUGCUCAGAACGUAUUUGUAUCUGUCUGGUCGAGUUGACAUGGCCAAGAUCGAGAAGACCGUUCAUUACCUCAUUGCAGCUGGCAUGGACCCUGGAACGGAGAACAACCCAUAUUUGGGGUUUGUGUACACGUCAUUCCAAGAGCGAGCAACGUUCGUGGCACACGGUAACACGGCUCGGCUGGCAAAGGAGGGGGGUGAUCCGGUGCUUGCACGCAUAUGCGGGACCAUUGCUGCGGACGAGAAACGACACGAGAAUGCCUACUCCAGGAUCGUGAAGAAGCUUCUAGAAGUGGAUCCCACAGGGGCAAUGGUGGCCAUAGGAGACAUGAUGGAGAAGAAGAUCACGAUGCCGGCACACCUUAUGUACGAUGGGGAGGACCCCAGGCUAUUUGAGCACUAUUCUGCAGUGGCACAACGUAUGGGCGUUUACACGGCCAAUGACUAUGCGGACAUUUUGGAGUUUCUGAUCGGACGGUGGAAAUUGGAGAUGCUUGAAGGUUUGACGGCUGAGGGAAAGAGGGCGCAGGAUUUUGUUUGCGGGUUACCGCCGAGGAUUAGGAGGUUGCAGGAGCGAGCCGAAGAGCGAGCGCGUAAGAUGAAGCCGCAUGGCGUGAAGUUCAGCUGGAUCUUCAAUAAGGAGUUGCUUUUGUGAUGUGAGCGACGAUUAAAGGUCACAAAUCUCAAUGCAUACGGAACUUUGGGCAGUGGAAAUGGUGAAUGUGAUGCUACAAGUUUUGGCAUUGAGUUGUGACUUUGUUUUGUUGUUGGGUGUAAAGUAGGAAUGGACAAUUAAUAUGGAUUGCGUGUC